GGCCACUUUUGGGCUGUUGGCUUUUAUUUUCAAGAUAACAACUGUUUCUUUAUCUCUAAAUUCGCCUGCUUCUUCUACACACACACACACACACACACACACACUCAGCUACAAUACCAUGGAUCCCGGAUACAAGCUUCUCCAGCACAUCAAGACCGUCCCCAACCUCAUCAACGAGGACCCAAGCAUCGUCACUCCCAAGAACUCAAGUUUCAUGGAUCUGCCGUGGUCUGACUUCUCCAAGCUGCUGGCUAACCAGGAUGCCACCAAGAACCGUCGCGCCUCCAACGCAAGUAUAGAGACCUCGUCGUCCACCGCCUCCUCUGACAACCAGGACCUCGGCAACUGGGACUCAAUGACUGGCUACCAGGAUGCCGAACAUCCUCGCCAGUAGUAAGGAAAACAAAAACAGUCGUCAUCCAUCGUCAUCGUCAUCCCCUCUCAACAUCCGCCUGCUCCAAAACUGUCAAGGCCCUUCCCCCGCGGGUGUCUCCAAAAUCCACCGCGUUACUUUUGCAUCUCUUCUCUUAUUGCUUUUGUCUAUCUCUCAUCCAAUAACUAACUAUUCGUAUCAUUUGAACUUUGCAUAAAACCAACAACCCCAACAAUAAAUCAAUU